ACGAACACCUGAGUUUGUUCCUAGUACCACCAAGUGGGUUCUGAACUUUGUGUUGCAGCUUUGCCACUCACUUUGCUGGAUCUAGCCAUUUAGUAACAUGAGGAUCUGGACUAUUGGCCAUUUCUCAACUGAAAUGAGCUUUUCCCACCAAACUAUUCUACUGAUAACGAUAAUCUUAUUAAUUUACUUGAUAAAAUCCCAUCAAUCACCAUCCCAAUAUAAAAAAGCAAAACUACCGUUACCUCCUGGUCCAAAACCAUGGCCUAUCAUUGGUUGCCUACCUGAGAUGUCCAAAUGCUUUCAGAUGGAUACACCAUCUCAUGAAACAAAUGAACACUGAAAUUGCUUGUUUUCGACUUGGGAACGUUCAUGUAAUAACGGUCACUUGCCCCAAUAUUAGCUGUGAAUUCCUGAAAGCUCAAGAUUCUAAUUUUGCCACCCGACCCAUAACCAUAUCUAGCGGUGUUACUUCAAAAGAGUACUUAACAACAGCUCUUACACCUUGCGGAGACCAAUGGAAGAAAAUGAAGAGAAUUUUAGUGACCCAAAUGCUUUCUCCAGCGAAACAACUAUGGUUUUAUGAGAAAAGAGUAGAAGAAGCUGAGCACCUUGUCCGUUACGUGUACAAGCAAUGCAGUGAAGGUGGUUUAGUGGAUGUGAGGAUUGCUGCAAGACACUAUUGUGGAAAUGUAAUUAGGAAAAUGGUGUUUAAUAAGAGGUUUUUUGGAAAGGGAAAGAAGAAUGGCGGACCUGGUUUUGAAGAAGAAGAGCAUGUUGAUGCUCUUUUUAGAAUUCUUGAUUAUAUAUUUUCAUUUUGUUUGUCUGAUUAUUUGCCAUGUUUGAAGAUCUUUGACUUGGGCGGUCAUGAGAAGAUUAUUAAAGCGGCUGAUGGGAUUAUAGGAAAAUAUCAUGAUCCUAUAAUUGAAGACAGAGUUCAACAAUGGAAGAAUGGAGCUAAGAAGGAAGCAGAGGACUUACUUGAUGUUCUUAUUACUUUAAAAGAUGAUAAUGGCAAUCCUUUGCUAUCAAGGGAUGAGAUUAAAGCUCAAAUUACUGAAAUAAUGUUAGCAACAGUGGAUAAUCCAUCAAAUGCGGUGGAAUGGGCAAUUGCAGAGAUGAUAAACCAACCAAAGAUAUUCAAAAAGGCAGUAGAAGAGUUGGAUAAAGUGGUUGGAAAGGAGAGACUAGUUCAAGAAUCCGAUCUUUCACAGCUUAACUACAUCACUGCUUGUGCAAGAGAAGCCUUUCGCCUCCACCCCGUAGGGCCUUUCAAUCUUCCUCACGUCUCCAUUGCCGAUGCAACAGUCGCAAACUAUUUUAUUCCAAAAGGCAGUCAUGUUCUACUAAGCCGGAUGGGUCUUGGCCGGAACCCUAAGGUCUGGAAUGAACCGUACAAGUUCAAACCAGAACGCCACAUCAAGAAUGAUGGGUCUGGAGUGACCCUUACUGAGCCUGAUUUGCGUUUCAUUUCAUUUAGCACGGGAAGACGCGGGUGUGCAGGGGUGACGAUGGGGACUUCAAUGACUUUGAUGCUAUUUGCAAGACUUCUUCAAGGUUUUACUUGGAACGUUCCUCCUAAUCAGGCAAGUAUCGAUCUCAAAGAGUCCGACAGUAGUUUAACACUUGCUAAGCCAUUGGUUGCACUUGUGAAGCCGCGCUUGCCUGCGUACGUAUAUGACCAAAUCAUGCAUGAUCAAUAAGAAAGGAGAUGUAUGGAAUUGAGGCUUUAAACUUCUAUUUCAUAAUAUCCUAUUUCAAAUGACAUGCGUUGAAUGUUGACUUAGUAGCUAUGGUGAAGGCCGUUGGAAGAUUAGAUAAUUAUUUGUUAUUCUGUUGCUAUUUUUAAGGAAUAAUUUAAUAUGCUUAUCAUAUCA